AUGACUGGGGCUUACCAGAUUGGGUAUAACUGGGACUUACCAGGCGGGACGCAGAGACCCUCGGACUCGCCUGGGAAAGUGGCGGGGGCCUGCGGGACACGAGGCCCUGGGUCCUGCGCCGGUCCCGGGCUGGGAUGGGGCCGAGCGAGGGUAGCCGGAUUGGCCCUGCCACUGCUGCUGUGGCAGCUGCUGGCGCUGGCGGGCGGCGGGGGCGCGUUCUACCUCGAGGUCCGUGAGCUGGAGGAGAAGUGCUUCAUUCAGGAGAUCCUCGAUGGCACCGUGGUCAUAGGUAACUACAAGACCGAGCUAUACGACCCUGCUAUGGAAAAGCACCAGCCCUCCCCACAGUGGAUCAAUUUGUUCGUGUUUGUGAAGGACCCUGAGAACAAAAUGAGAACCUGGGAUACCCCAGGCCCUCGGGGCAGCUUCACCUUCACCUCCCAGUCGCCAGGAGAGCACGAGGUCUGCCUUCACCUCAAGUCCAGCCGGUUCGCCCUCUUCUAUGACGGCAAACUGGCCAUUCACUUGGACAUGCAGUUGGGUGAACACACCAAUGAUUAUGCGGAACUUGCGGCCAAUGACAAGCUGACCCUGCUGCAUCUGCGCAUACAGCAGCUGGUAGAGCAGGUGGAGAAGAUUCAGAAGGAGCAGGAAUACCAGAGGUGGCGAGAGGAGCACUUCCGGCAGACCAGCGAGAGCACCAAUCAGAGGGUGCUGUGGUGGUCCAUCCUGCAGACCCUCAUCCUUGUGGCCACUGGCACCUGGCAGAUGCAGCGCCUCAAGAGCUUCUUUAAAGCCAAGAAGUUGGUGUAA